AUGGAUAAAACUGAGAAAGCCAGCAUCAAAGAACUGACAGCCACAAAGAUCUAUGUGACCAGCAAAGGAAUUAUUGAACGUUUUCAGUGUAUUCAAUGCAAUUAUAUAGAAAAGUUUCAAAGUCAAACUGCAGCUGGUAAUCAAGGAGUAAGAAUUUUUCAAUGGCAGUUCUAUUACAUUGGAUUCCCUGUAGAACUGGAAACAAAAUAUUUCAUCCAGGCUUACAAUCUACCCCCAGCAAAUAUAAAUGAUGAUUUUCCAUCAAAAUCCCUUUUGCUAACUACACCAGAUACAUUUAGAAGGCAAUUCUUCCAUCAGGUGUGGCUACAACUACAUGUUAAAGUACUGGUUAUAUAUCCAGAAGAGUGUCUUAAUCACACUGUCCUUUCUUUUGCUGAACUUCUGCAUGGGGGCUGCCAGCCUGAUGUCAAUCUAGACUUGUGGGAGAGAAGGAGAAUUGCGGAAAAAGGUCCUGUAGCAUGGCUUGCUGCUCAAAAAGCAGCAGUGAUUUUCCUAGUUCAAGCCCUACCACUGCUGCAUGUCACAGGUGCCUGUAAAAGUGUGAGAAACUACAGUAACACAGAAAGCAUGUUCUCUCUUGCAGUUAACCUCUUCUGUAGUGACAUGACAAAUCAGUCCUCUGUGCAAAAAUAUGUGGUUGUUUCUUUCAAUGAGGUGAAUGCACAAGACACUUUACCAAGUGCUCUGAAUAUCUGUCCAAAAUACUGUCUUAUAAAGGACAGGAGGAAUUUCUAUAGAGACCUUUCUGUUUCAUAUAACUAG